AAACAUAAGGGUUUUCGACCUGAUCAUAUGUUAGGUGCUUUUUUUGGACAGCCGUGGAGUGGUUUAGUUUUUGGAGAGAAGAAAAAUAGUUCAAAAUGAUCCUUAAUCAAUUUUCAAGAAAAAUUAAAAGCUGCAGUAAAAUUCUUCCAACAAUUUAUUCGCAGGGAGGCUCCCUAUGCGUGCUAAGUGUAAAGACGAAUCUGGUACCAAAUUCAAUUUGCACUUCAAGACAAUUUCAUCUCUGGCCAGCUUGCUUCAAAUACCAUGAUCUGAAGAAAAAGAAAACAUUAGUAAAGCAAAGGAUGGAUAUGUUAAAAGCCAGACUGAAUAGACUUGAUAAAGAAGACAGGCCUACUGGUUGCAUUCUGUGUCCCAUGAGAAAUGAUGUUGAAAUUGACUACAAGAAUACCAGACUAUUGUCACAAUUUAUAUCUCCGCACACUGGAAGAAUAUAUGGGAAAGCAAUAACAGGUCUAUGUGAUAAAAAACAGAGGGAAAUUUCAAAAGCUAUCAGAAGAUCACGGAUGUUAGGUUUUCUUCCAGUCACAAUGAAAUACUUUGAGUACCACAACGAUCCAAAGCUAUUCUAAGAUGUCCAAGAAAGAAAUUUGAAAUUCUGAGGUAAAAACUUUGUUGCGAAAACAUAUUGUGAUACUUAUCAUAUGAAAUGUGCUGUGUACAUAAGAAAGGGAUCUGCAAUUAGGACACAACAACUUUUGUAGUUAAACUUGUCUUGUCAACCUGUGAAAUGAAUAAACUAAGGAAAGAAGAAGACACAAGAUUCCUGGAAGAGUGACAUUUAUGAUAGAAAAAUUAAUCUUUUUCACUGCAUUUUCAAAAUGGAAAUGAUGCAGAUAUAUACAUAUCAUUAUAUUGUGUAUGCUUAACUGUGAUAAAGGUAUCUCUUGAUCUUAACCAUGAUUCAGUGAUCAAGGCCA